GGGAAUGGCGGAGAAGAAGAACAAGGGGGGCAUGGCGCUGCGCGUCCGGCCUCCGGCAUUUGGACUUCCCACGGCAUGCCCGAAAUGUUUGCCAUCUCUUCUCUACUUGCGCCUUGCCAACAUCACAUUCUGGCCCGAGUAUAGCGCCGCCAUGCCUGAUUCCGACGAUCUUCCCAUGGUGGAGCUGGGACUGCUGGUUGGAUUCGCGAGCGAGCCGGGAGGAGUGGAGGAGUUCUUGCGGACGGAGAAGCUGGGCGAUCUGGACGCGGAUCUGGCGGAGGUGGACAGGUCGGAGCUCAAAGCAUUCAAGUCUUUGCUGGUGCCGCUCAGUGACGCGCUACAGCUGGAGCUCUGGUCCAGGGAGAAUGAGAGCAUCGCACACAAGAUUUACGUCUCGCAUCUUCCAUGGCCGAUCAACAGGGCGAUCGAGUGGAACAUGAGGCGAAAGUUGAUGAACAGGCUCGGAGUGAACAAAGAGAAUGCCAAGGACAGAGAAGCCGAGAUCUACAAGUGUGCCUUCGAUGCGUACGAGGCCUUCUCGGCUAAAAAGCAAAUGGACUCGCUCUAUCUUGUGAGCGACAAGCCAACGAGUCUCGAUGCGAUGCUACUCGCACACAUCUUAUUCGUUCUAUCUGUGCCUCUGGUAGGAUCUAUUCUCAAGGAUGAGCUGGUCUCGAAGCAUCCAUUGCUGGUCCAGUAUGCCGAGUCCAUGAAGGAUACUCUCCUCAAGAGCAACGAACCAUCGCCAUCGGACAGUGUAAAGUCGCCACCGACAUCACCCCGAGCAUCAAGUCACGCUAGUUCAUCGUCCAGAGACAAAGAUAAAGGAACAAACCCUGAGCCCAAGCGCAAGCAAACUCCCAAAGAGAAAGAGUUCCGGAAAAGGGGAAAGAUGUUCGUUAUGGCUCAGUUAGCAGCUCUCGUGGCCUACAUCGUAUACUCGGGCCUUCCAUUCGAAGAAGACGACGGUGACGACAAUGGGCAUGACGACGAUUGAUGCAAGCCCUCUGGAAAAGCACUAACAAACAAACAUCGAAAGGUUUUUCGAGAAAAAAAUGCAUUGACAAUUCAAGGAAUAAUCACUUUGGUGCGAGCAGGGAAAGCAAAAGACUGAUCCGUUUGUGCUUCCAUUGGUGGCUGGAGAUAAACAAAGAAUGGAUGCGAGAAAAUAAAAACUCUAUGGUUUUGCGGCCGGUCUCACAGAUAUGAGCCAAAAAGCAACAAUCCGAGUCGCCACGGAAUCGAACAGGUAAAGCAAAAGCUCACUCAAAUCUGCCAAGAAUCACACAAAGCUUAGUGCUGAAUCAACACUAUUUAGGCAAUGGUCUUAAAUCACGACCAAAGCUUGAAAGGA